UAAUUGCGCUGCUUAAUUUAAAGCUACCGCAAUUCGUCGUGGAUCCCGGUCAGUUUCCCGGCGCAGAUUACGACGUGCUACCGUUCCCCAGGACAGACUCACUGCUGUACUGUCGACCGGAUGGUCAGUUCCUGAUAGACCAGAGAAUCUUACCAAUAGGAAGUGAAAUGGAUUCUGCUGGUGAAAGCACCGAGAGAAGCACUGCGUUACUUCCUAAAGGAACACCCAUAAUGCACCUGGACAUUUGCCCGUUACCGGAUAUCUGUCUUGCAUCAGACCGCCCAUCGACAGGAGAGGCUUCAUUCAAUAAAAUCGAUGAGAUGAAGGACAGUGCCUCCUCACUGAAGUUCUUCACCAACAUACUCCUUCAAGCUGAGCUGCACAUCCGGGCAUAUUCAGAAACGAUCAUCAACAUCCUGCCUCAGAAAUGGCAGCCAGGUUCUGUGUUCCAUCAGACAGCAACGAUGGUCAUGUCCAUGACACCAGCUUUGGAUGUGCUCAUGAUUUUGGUCUUUAUCUGGAGAAGAGUUAAAAGCAGGACCAAUCAAUUGACCAACAAGCAACUUUUGGAGCAAUUUGCUCAACAAAUGGAUGAGAGUCAUGUGAAAUUUUCAGCCCUGAAUAAAAAAAUUGUAGACACUAAAGAAAAAAUUAGAAGAACCAAAAGAAUGCUUUCUUCCUCCCAUCGUAAGAAUUGGAACCUGAAGGCAAGUGCCAGGGAGCUGCAAAGGAGAUGCAUGAAAAUCUGUGAAGAGAGAGAUGCACUUGACUUGAUGCUGAAGGAAAGAGAGAACAGAAUAAAAAGUGCCGAUCUGGAGCAGGAGAAAUUUAAGAAGACAUUUCAAGAGAAAGAGAUGGCUCUACAGCAGAAGCUGGAGCAGCUUGAGCAAGACUGGAAAGCGAAGCUGGAAAAAGCGAUGAAGGACAGGAGCGAGCACGAGCAGCGUGUGAAGAAGGAGAUCCAGGCUCUGCUCCUUAAACUGUGCAAGACUGAACAGCUGCACCAGACCCAGAUACAUGACUGUGAGGUCAAGUACAGGGACUCACUGAAACUGGUGUCUGAGCUGCAGCGUCAGAUUGAGCAGCAUGAGGUUGUAGUUCUUCAGAGCAAACAGGAGAAACUUGCAAAAGCAGCAAGCGAUGUCCUGGAGGCUAAGAGGCGGAUGGCUAUGUCUCGAGAGAAAUAUCUGGAGCACAACUGGAAGAAGGCCUUCUAGAUUAUUAGAUGAUUGUUUGUGCUGUUUAGAGACCCUUAAGGAGGCAUUCACAUCCAUCUGGCCUUCUGUGGCUAAGGCUGCACCCACACCAUGGCAGGUAUAUGAACCCCACACCUGUACAACACAAUCAAAGCCCUUCACUGCUGAGAUGGCUUCCAUUUCUGUUUAACAGACCAGAAUUCUCUAUAGUAUAGUUAAUACAUUCACUACAUUGACCCAAAUACUGAGAUCAGUCCAGUAAUUCUGUAUUUGUGACUCCUGCUAUUAAAAAUA